AUGUCAGACGAUCUCAAGGAUGAAAUAGAGGCACUCAACUCCAUCUAUGGAGACGACACGCUUCGACCCUCGCCGCCCAACUACAUCCUCGCCCUACCUGGCGGCCCAGGAGCCACCUCCCUGACUCUUCACUUCUCGGACUCUUACCCGGACGUGCCGCCAGAGGUCCUCGGCACACAUAGUGCCGGCGAGAACGCCCCCCGCGGUGCCGGCGCCCGCGAUCUCGCCAUUUUCCGCGAGGCUGUCGCCAACGUCUACCAGCCCGGCGCCGUGUGCCUCUUUGACGCCAUCGAGGAGUUCUCGAGGCUGCUGGAGGGGCACGCGGACGUCGAGCCGCCGGCACCAUCACCCCCGUCGAAAGAAGAGGAGCACGAACCACAGUCUGUACCCUCGUUUCUGUUGGAGGAGCCUCCGUGGAUCAUGUCGGAGCCGUUCGUGGAGCUGAAGUCGGUGUUCCUCGCCCGUGCCGCCCCAGUCACCUCGCCCGAGCAGGCCGCUGGCUACGUCCAGCACCUCCUCGCGACAGACAAGAAAGUCCGCACGGCCACGCAUAACAUGACGGCGUGGCGCAUCCGAGGGCCGAACGGGACCAGCUUCCAGGACUGCGACGACGACGGCGAGACCGCCGCCGGGAGUCGCCUGCUGCAUCUGAUGCAGUUGAUGGAUCUGUGGGAUGUCAUGGUGGUGGUGACGCGUUGGUAUGGCGGCCAAAAGCUGGGCCCGCGCCGGUUCGCGUUGAUUAACAGCGCUGCACGAGACGCCUUUGUAAAGGCUGGCUGGGUGGAGGAGGCUGGACAAGGCAAGAAGAAGGGGCAUGGCAAGUGA